AAGGGGCGGAGACUGUUGGCCAUGGGCUGCUGCGGGUAGCCGUCGCGUGGGCCAUGUACGCGUCGCCUGUGUUUUGUACAGAAGCCCGCGUGUUGGCAGAGGACGUGGACACCCUGGGGCGCUUCGAGAACAAGUGUGUCCAAGUUGCAAUAGCUAAGAUGCGUCGAGGACGGUGGCGACGGGACGCUUUCAGAAGUUUCGAACGAAGUUGCGCCAAUCACGUGGGCUCCGGAGAGAGCAUGGGGGAUCCUGACGCGAAACAAAACAUGUUGGCUGCUGAGGCAUGGCUGCGAUGCCAACAGACGUACAUCUGGGUGUACGAGGCGCACAGUGCGGCGCACAUCAUGCACAGGACUCCGCUCGUCAGAUGGUCGCUGGGCGAUGCGGACGGGCGUUGUGUUGGCGCGGCCGUGUGGUUCUCGGAAGGUCAUCUGGUGCGCGUGGCUCGAGGAUGGCGCGGCAUGGACGGUGUGGAAGGAGUGCGCGAGGAUGCUCCGUGGUUGCGGGUUGCUGCCGGUGGUCGCGAUGUUGCGGGGCCACAGAGCAUCGCCGCCUUGCAAGAGGUCAACGCAAGCGCGGGCGGAGAGGGCCAGCGCACCCGCGUGGACGCGGUAAUGCCCGUGCUUCCAGGCCUGCGCAACCCCCAGUGGUAUUGUUUCAUGAACGCGCCACUGCAAGCGUUUUUCGCUCUCCCAGCAGGUCGGCAGGCGUUGCGCACUGUGCCGCGGGGCAGCCCUGCAGAUUGGGCUGGAUGGCAUUUUGCGGAGCGCCACAGCGCAGAGCAGAGGUCUGGGAGGACGCCAGAUUUUGACAGGCUGUUGGCGCAGACGAUGUGGGAGAUGGAGUGCAGUGGUGGGUCGAGACCUAUCCUGCUAGACGCGAUACCGCGCGUCUUCUAUGAUCGCACUCAGCAAGACGCUGGAGAGUUUUUGCAGGAAGUAUUGAACGAUGAGCGGGCGCCCGUUGUGAGUGAGCUGUUCCGGAUGAAGAAAGUGGAACGACGCGUGUGCACGAGGGAGGGGUGUGGCGGCGCCACGGCGAUCGCGGGGGACAGAGACUUGACGUGUUUGAUGGUGCAAAUUCCACGGGGAGACGGCGGUCGUGUGCGAACAGUGCAAGAGGUCGUGGACAGAAGCAGCGGCGGAGAGGUGAUGGAAGCAGAUUAUAGGUGGUCGUGCCCCAAAGGAUGCGGCUGCCGCGAAGCGAGAAAGGAGUGGCAGCUGACGCGGGCGCCGCAGUGUUUGUGGGUCCAACUGGUCGCGCAGGAAUGCGAUGCAGCGUCCGGGAGGGUGAUGGAGGUUCCUCAUGCGGUGGUGCCCAAUCAGAAGCUGCGCCUCAGCGGGCACGAGUACACUCUGGUGAGCUGUGUGUCCCACCACGGCGCAGGGUUCCACACUGGCCACUACAACGCCUGCUGCCGGACAUCGCAUGGCGGCAGAACGCGGUGGGAGAUGCGUGAUGACGGCGAAGUAUGGCGGAGCGUGGCGCCGUCUGACGCGCGUGGAUGGAAGACUGCUGCCGACUCGUCGGUGCACAUACUGAUGUACGCGCGCGUGGCCGCGAUCCCCGAGCCGGAGAGAGUGCGCCGGGCGGGGUCGGUUGUGGGUGGCGAUGGUUUCAGUUCAGGGGCGGCGACGAACGCAGCGCGUUCGGGCUCGUCAAGCGUUGGUGAGGCAGCGGCAUUGGAACGCGGCGGUGUCGAACUGGAGGGACGUUCGUCGGCGACGUCGGAGGAGAAGCGUCCUGGGGGGCCGGUCAUGCAGGGCGUCGCCGCUCGGAAAGGUCGCGCUCCAGCGGUGCACAUCCUGCCCUGUGAUCUCGUGGCACCAGUGCGGGUCAUCAGGGAGUCGGACAUCCGCGCACUGCGUAUGUUGCUGAGUCCGUGCGAGAAGCCGGAUGCGUGGGACGUUCCCGGACUGGAGUUCAUGCCGGGAGAGCUGCGCGCUCAACUAUGGAAAGCGUGGGGCGACACGGAAGGUAUCCUGCGAGUCAUGCAAGAAACGUGGGUUCGUGCCUGGCAGGGAUGGGAGGAGUCAUGGGACGCUCUGGCAGGCGCCCCCGACGCAGAGGAUAGGUGCCGCGUCGUGGAGGAACUGACGUGCCAGUUCAUGGAAUUUUUGAUGGGGGAAGUAGUGUUCGAGGCGAAGACGGACGAGGAACGCGGAGCCGAGAUGACGCGAGAUGGCCGCUGUGUGGGCGCAUCGCUUGCGCACGGGGUCAACGCUAGCCUAGCGGACAGUAUAUUCCAGCUUGUGUCGAACGCCGGGUGGUGUGGCCAUGCCUUGGCGUCCGCUGAGGAGCGCCGCGGCGCAUGUGAAGCGUGCCUGCGGUAUUUGCGGAACGUCGAGGAUGCGUGGUUGAAUCUGGCAUCGCACGGUGGAGAGCUAAGCGUUGCCGCUCAUGCAGGCGAGAUCGUGAGGUUUGCGUUGGCCCGCCAAGGCAUGCACAGAGUAGCGCUGCCAGACCGAAUUAUCCUGCGCACGUGCUCCCGCUUUGACGGGCACGUCGGGCCACGCGGGGGGUAUGACAUGACGUUGUCCCGAGAGGAGAUCCUGGGGGGCGGCCCGGUGCUGGGCCAAUGGCCUCGUGAGGGCGAUGUCACCGAGGAGGAAGGGGCAGUCGUCCUUGAAAUAUACAACGUGACAGGCGCCGACAUCAGCAGUACCUGUUACAGACCAGUGUGGGCGCGCGCCGAGAAGGAUUCCUUUGGGAAGGCGCCUUCCGAGGGGGCAGAAGAACCUCCGGAGGUGGCUGGGGCAGAGACAGGACAGCCCGAGAACGCAGGAUUGCAGACGACGGGGAAACGAGCACGCUUAACGAGGGAAAGCGCGCCGGCCGAGCGGGGCGCCAGCGCCCAGACGUCGGUCUGUGAGAAUGGAGGUGGGAUGAGGCCGUCCGACCAGGGGGCGCCCCCUGCGCCUUCCCCGCACCCGGUAAGGCGGCCGGAGACGGCGCGCAAUUCGGGCAUGGCCAGCGCGGCCAAGGAGGGUGGAGUGUCGGAGGAAGUAGGGAGGUCCAGGACGGCGCGGCCGAGUAGCGCAGGGGCGGACGCGAGCGCGGGCGGUGCGGGCAGGAGCGGCACGGAGCAGAGCAAGGCCCUGGGGGUGGAGCACGAGUACACGGAGGCAGCGGGAGCAGCGCACGUGCACCGCGUCCGCGCCGUCGCGAACGGCCGCGUGUCCGCGGACGUCUGUCGCAGGGGCAGGGAAAAAGGUUUACGGGCUGCUGCAGAGCUUAUGAAAAAGCACCCCACCGUGCCAGCGGUUUCCGUGCACGGAGCAUCGUUGAUGGACGACGACAUUUUCUUACGAGGUGCCGUAGUACUGCCGCAAGCACACUGCGCUUUCAGCAGAUGCGGGUGGAGGGGGUCCAGCAACGCGGAGCUCCAGGAGCAUGUCGUAAGCAAUCACGUGGGGGACCUACGGGACGUCGCGGAGGCGCUCGCGUGCAACGAAGAAGACGAGACGAGGCGAAGAGAGGCACAGUACUGGUCCGCGUAUAACGAGGCCAUUGCAUGGAAAGUGCGAACGGGCGCGCCGCUUGCAGCACUGGCGAUCGAUCGUCGAUGUCUGUUCGAUUAUGCGCGGAGUCUGCGCGAGGGUGCCGUCGACUCUCUGGUGUGCAUGGUGUGCGCACGGAAGUUUCCGCACGUGGAAGGGCGCAGAGGGAACCCGAUCGAAUGGCGCGCGGUGAGUCCGAACGUGGACGGACUGUUCGGUCUGUCAGGCUCGUUUGUGAGGGAGCAUAUGUCGGUGGACGCGUACGUGGAGCGGUUCGGCAAUGUGAGUGCCGACGGGGAGGGUAGCAGCGGUGGUCAUCUCCGAGAUCGAAUGGAGGAGUUCAAUGAUUGGCAAGUGACAGUUUCAUCAGAAGAGGGGCCCGUCAGCGUGCUCUGUUGCCCCGAGGACAUGCGGUGCGGCAGUGGCACGUGGCACUCGGAGAACACGGCCGGAGAGAUUUUGGAGACCACGAAGGCGAACGCUGUGGUGUGUGAGAAGAGCAGUUUCGACGAGGGAGACAUCAAUGCGCAGCGGAUUGAGGCCGUGCGGACCUUCGUGCAACGGCUGGAUGAGGAGUGCGCGCAUGGCGGGGCCGACGACACGUCGAACUCCAGCGAGGACGAGGAAGGCGGCGGGAAGGCAGAACGGGCAGGUAAACGCGGUUGCGUCCGCGAGGGAGCGGCCUCGGGCGCGAAUGAGGCGGCCCGAGAAGCAGUGGAGCGCGACAUGCUGACUCAGGCCGGGCGCGAAAGGACGUGGUUCACGUAUGUGUCCGCGAACGCAUCAGGCGAGGUCGAACAGCUCACUCCCGCGGAAAUCGCGGAAGGAGCGAAGCAGAUUUAUCGCGCGCUCGACGGGAAGUACGUAGACGUCAACAAUAGGAAACAGAAAGUAAACGGCGACAUGACCAAAGUGCGGCACGUGCCAACGUUGGGGAAAGCCGCCCAUAAGCUGCUGACGCACAUAGAGCACACUUCGCGGCGACUGUCUGGGACGCAGGAAGCGCGUCGAGUCAUGCGAUUUGAGACGAACGCGCUGCGAGUGCGGUACGGCGUCCCCAUAUUCGUAACCUUCUCGCCCGACGAAGGUCACCAUCUGCUCAUGGUGAGACUCUCGCGCACUCGACGGCAGGACCCCUUGCACAAGGCAGCGGAUGAUGAAGCGCAUUCGCGGCUGGCGGGGGGUCGGGGCUGGCCGCGCGUAGCCCCCGACAUGGACGGGCUGCAGAUGGACCUGCCAAUGGCCACGGGGGAGGCAGGAGUGCCGCCAUGGAACGAGCGCAGACGAACUCUUGCGAGAGAUCCCAUGGCCAGCGUGGACGGCUUCCGUAUCCUGGUGGACGCCACGCUCCGUCACUUGUUCGGCGUGCGGAUGGCAUGGCUUCAACGCCACGACAAGGAGAGCGGGGACUUGUACGGCUUCUUGCCCAUCGCUGAAGGCAUGCCCGUCGCUCUGACCGAUCAUAUCGAUCGAAGCGAGGAUAAAAACUUGCUGCGCGGUCGCGUGGGCCGGGUGCAAUCCUGGGUAUGCGACGGGGACGGCGUCGAUGAUCGAGUCACGCGCGGCGGGGAGACCAUAUUGAAGAAGACUCCAAAAGUGAUUUUCGUGUUGUUCGACGAAGGCGAUGACGGGAACGGCGGCAGGAAGCCAUGCCAGUGGACGAUCGAGGGAUUGAAGACGCCCGGCUUGUACCCCGUGAUUCCGCAGAAGAAGGACAUGCUGAUCUUUCGCCCUUUCGAUAUUGCGCCGUAUCAGAAGAAGGACGAACGGAAGGGCCCGGACUUACUGCUGCGCACGUUGCGCGGAGAAGAAUUGGACUGGGAGGCGAUAGAGCGGGUGUUCAUGCCGUCUGGCAGGUGCGCGGUCUGCGGGUGCACGAAGUACAAGAACAUGUACCCAACGGUCGGGCAGUGGAGCCGCGCAGAUGGGCUCCGCGUGUGCAGCGUGUGUCUGGAAGAGAAGAAGAGGUCUGGCACGCCAUGGCAAUGCAUGGAGUGUGGUCUAUGGAAGAGCCAGGAGGCGUUCCACGCGUCGCAGCACCACCCGUCGAAGUUGACCACGCGGCGCUGCGUGGACUGCCCCGAGAGGCGGAAGUGUUACGUAUGCGAGGUGCGGAAGUACGAGGAUGCGUUCGUGGAGUUGCAAUGGGAGAAGGCAGGGAACGCCCGAUGUAAAGGAGGAAUGUGCCUCGAGUGCGAGGAGCCCAAGCGGCACUUGAAGUGUUCACGCUGCGGCCAGGAGCUGUUGCGGGUCGAAUUUUCUAGAGCGGAGCAGUGCAUGGACGAACCGACAUGCAAGUCGUGUAAGGCGUCGCAGAGAAAGGAGGAGAAGGCGCAGGCGGAGGCAGAACAACGGGCAGUAUGCUCGAAGUGCGGUGAGUCGAAGACGAAGGCAGAGUUUUCCAGGUACACUCUGGACCACGCGGACGGAGCGUCGGUAGUAUGUACCACGUGCGUGGACGCCGCGGCUGCAGAGCGGGACGCGCAAUCAAGGAAGUAUUUGAAGACGUGCGCGAGGUGCGGGAAACGUCAGCGGCGCGAGUUCUUUUCGGGUCGCAUGUGGGCCAACGUGGCUGAUCAGGACCGCAAGUGCAUGCGUUGCGUCGAGGAGGCGAGGGUGCAGCGCGGAUGUUGGAAAUGCAUAGGCUGCAAGGACGUGUUCCCGAAAGUGGAUUUCUGCCGCUGGCUGGCCAAGCG